CAGCACUACGAAGCAGGAUGGCGCUGUGUACGUUCUUGGCAGCGAUCAGCGGAUGCGUUACGGGAAAGUAGUGGACGUGGCGAAAGAUUGAUCUCUUUGUCGAUCUGCUGUGUCCGAACCGAGAACGUGAAUUUGCGCCUUUCGGCAGCGUUUUCUCCCCGCGUCCCAUAAAUCGGAUGGACAUGAUAAUUUUGCAUGACCUACAACAUGCCAUCGUCGCGGUGGAGGUUUUGGUGCGGAUGGCGCAGUCCGGACACGGGAGCGUCCUGCACCGACAUCAUUCCUACCGAACGCAUUCGACAGCCUUGUGAUGUGGCAGCUUACCUGCGGCUGGCUGAGCGGCAUAAAGCGCUGGAUAAAAAAACCCUGCUAUGGUUAUAAUCCCGACGAACACCAUUUACUUUGGGACCGCAUCCCUCCGGGGAACUCGGUCGACGCGUUUACUGUGCGUAGUGUGGACCUAGUUGAGGAAUUCCGUUCGCCCUGGGAAGAAUGCGCUGCGCUCGUUAAACGCUUGAAGGGCUACGAUCUGUACUUAUGCUCGCCCGUUUUCGUGGUGGACCUCCAGGACGGGAAGCUGAAAUACGUUUACCAACUUUGUAGUAAAUAGAUGAACGUAUGAUCACAGCGGCACAGUUCAGAUGGUGCUUUGAUCUGGUACCGAAGCACUGGCGGAAGGCGCUUCCGUCUGAACGGCUGGACGCUGAGGUAAAAAUCGACGUGCACGCCGCGCGACUGCCGCUUGACGGCGAUUUCGCCUGCGCUUUGCUGGAUGCGUUGGAUGCGGCACUGCCGAUUCCGAGCGCCCAGGAGCUCCAGAAUUUACAGCAGCGGUUGAAAGCGCGCGGGAAGGAAGAGGAGGAUCUUAAAGCAGUUGUCUGUAAGAUGCUAUGUGCGGUGCAGUCCUGUGAUCCGCGUCCGUCAGCCCAUUACCGAGGGAAGAACUGGCGCUUAAACGGCCUGGGAAACUUGCAGUUGGAGAAAUUGUCGCGUGUUACCCUGCACUUUCUCGUUGAAGCGCAGAAGAAGAUAGCUCAGAAGGGAAGGUGCCCUAUGCGAUGA